ACUAGGGUUGGGAUAUCCCUGCCUCAAGGUGUCCCUUGCAGAUAGGGCAGCUUCUGUGUAAUACAGGCCUUAUCUCCCCUACACCCCCCCGCCAGGUUGCUCAGCAACCAGACGGGUUGUGGGGUACGGCGCUUCUUGGGUUCGACGUAGCUUCGUAUGGGUGUUCCCGCUCCUCUCGUUCUCUCUCUGUACUCAUCUUUUUGUUUGUCAAGCUCACUUUGUCACCGGGCUCGUCUGGGCUGACAGAACAGAGAUCGUCCUGCUUCCAGGGCUGGACACCAGGUGGGAGGACCUGCAUGCAGGGAAUGCAUAAAAGAGUUCAAAGACUCAACAUCUGAAAAACAUCAAUGGAAAACCAUUACAGUUUUGAGGAGGGCAGUGACAUGUCAUAUGAAGACUCGGCCUUCCCCUCUCCAAUGAGACUGACUCCACCGGGCAUCGAUGACCUGGAGAGGAGGAGGCAGGAGGAGGAGGAGGAGGAGAAUGAGCCACCCAUGGAGUCCAUUAUCAUCCCCAGCAAUUCAGAGGCUUAUCUGAAUGUGAACACCAAUGCCACCACAAGAGGGGAUGCUCAAGCCUACGUGGAGCUGAAUGAGCUGCGGGGCAGCAACUGGCAGCAGACUGCCCGCUGGUUGGGCUACGAGGAGAACUUUAACCCUGCCACAGGAAAAUGGGCUCCUUCUCAUGUCUCCUAUCUCACCUUUAAGAGUCUGCUCCAGCUUCGCAAGGCCAUGAGCACAGGUGCCAUCAUCUUUGACCUGAAUGCCAGCAGUCUGUCUGCUGUGGCCGAGAAGGUUGCUGACGAGCUUCUGAACAAGAAUGAGAUUCGCGCGAGUGAUCGGGAUGGCCUGCUGAGAGCGCUCCUCAUGAAACGCAGUCAAUCUGAGGGACCUGUGGUUACACCCUCUGGAGACAUUCAGAUGCAGACCUUUUCUAUAACCAACAAGAGAGAAAGCUCUGACAACGUGGAGGCCUCAGUUGUCCUCUCAGGUGUCCUGGACUUCCUGGAGAAACCAGCUGUGGCUUUUGUGAGGCUGAGUGACUCUGUGGUGAUGGAGUCUGCCCUGGAGACUCCUGUCCCUAUUCGUUUUGUUUUUGUGCUGGUGGGCCCCAGCCAGAAUGGGAUAGACUACAGCGAAAGUGGCCGUGCCAUGGGCGCUCUGAUGGCCGACUGGGUGUUCUGUUUGGAGGCCUUCUUGGCCCAGACGGAUAAAGAUCUGACCAACGCCAUCGCUGACUUCAUGGACUGCAGCAUUGUGAUCCCUCCCACUGAGAUCCAAGAUAAGGGAAUGCUUGAAUCAAUCAUCAGUUUCCAGAAGAAGAUGCUGUGUGACAGACUCCGUCCCAUCGACACCCGUCUUGCCUUUGGCGACAGGGUCAAAGUUGAGAAAGCUCCACAGGAGCCGCGGGAAGACCCUCUGGCCCGUACAGGCUAUCCUUUUGGUGGGAUGGUGAAGGACUUGAAGCGGCGUUACCGUCACUACCUCAGCGACUACACAGACGCUCUGAACCCCCAGGUCCUCGCUGCCGUUAUCUUCAUCUACUUCGCUGCCCUGUCCCCAGCCAUCACUUUUGGAGGGCUCCUGGCUGACAAAACAGAGAAAAUGAUGGGCGUGUCAGAGCUGAUGAUCUCCACCAGCAUCCAGGGUGUCAUCUUUUGUCUCAUCGCCGCCCAGCCCGUCCUUGUCAUCGGCUUCUCUGGACCACUGCUGGUGUUUGAGGAAGCUUUUUUCUCCUUCUGCAAGUCCCAGGGCAUUGAGUACAUUGUAGGCCGUAUUUGGGUGGGGAUGUGGCUGAUAUUGAUUGUGACCAUCAUAGUGGCCGUGGAAGGCAGCUUCCUGGUCAGAUUCAUCUCCCGCUUCACUCAGGAAAUCUUCUCCAUCCUCAUCUCGCUCAUCUUCAUCUAUGAGACCUUCAAUAAGCUCUUCAAGAUCUUCAAAGCCCAUCCUCUGAUUCUGAACUACGAUCAUCUGAAUGACUCAAUGGACAACCCAUUCCACCCAAUCAUCAAGGAGCACAUCGAGUACCAUGUAGAUGGCAAUAUAACCAUUUCUGAGCUGGAGAUUGAAAGGCCCUACCCCAACACUGCCCUGCUGUCCAUGUGCCUGAUGUUUGGAUGUUUCUUCAUUGCAUUGUUCCUCCGCCAUUUCAAGAAUGGUCAUUACUUCCCCGGCCCACUGCGUCGUUUGAUUGGAGAUUUUGGUGUCCCAAUUGCUAUUUUCUUCAUGAUUGCUGUGGAUAUCAGCAUUGAGGAUGCUUACACUCAGAAACUGGUGGUGCCAAAAGGCGUUGAGGUGACCAAUCCUAAAGUCAGAGGCUGGUUCAUCAACCCCAUGGGAGAAAAAAAGCCUUUCCCAGUGUGGAUGAUGGGGGCCUGCUGUGUUCCAGCACUGCUCGUCUUCAUCCUCAUCUUCCUGGAGUCCCAGAUUACUACUCUGAUUGUGAGCAAACCUGAGAGGAAGAUGGUGAAAGGAUCUGGUUUUCAUUGGGACCUGCUCAUCCUGGUCACCAUGGGGGGCAUCGCCUCUAUUUUUGGGGCACCCUGGCUGAGCGCUGCCACUGUGCGAUCCGUCACCCACGCCAACGCUCUCACUGUCAUGUCCAAGGGCCCGAAACCAGAGAUCGAGAAGGUGCUUGAGCAGCGAAUCAGUGGCUUUCUUGUGGCCAUCAUGGUUGGUGUUUCCAUUUACAUGGAACCUAUUUUGAAGAUGAUUCCUAUGACAGCCUUGUUCGGCAUCUUCCUCUACAUGGGUAUCACCUCUCUGAGUGGGAUCCAGAUGUGGGACAGGAUGCUUCUGUUGAUCACACCAAAGAAAUAUCAUCCAUCUGAUGCCUAUGCCACUCGGGUGAAGACAUUUCGGAUGCAUUUGUUCACUUUGAUCCAGCUCGUGUGCCUGGCUGUCCUGUGGGUGGUAAAGAUGAGUCCUUUCUCUCUGGCGCUGCCUUUUGUUCUAAUUCUCACCAUCCCUUUGCGCAUGUUUAUGACGGGAAGGGUCUUCUCUAACCUGGAGAUGAAAUGUCUGGACGCAGAUGAUGCCAAAGUGACCUUUGAGGAGGAACCAGGGGUGGACGUGUACAAUGAGUCCCCACUGCCAUGAACAGCACCAUAUCUUUAGUGUUUCAUUCACAAACUUUCAAAUGAACUCAAUUUCUCACUGCCUGUAAUCAGGUGUCUUUUAGAAUACGUAUUUGUAAACAUAUACAGUUCCAAACUAUCCUGUUCUGUAUUUAUCUUUAAAGGAAAUUACCUCUCAUGUCUAGAGUUCUUACAUCAUUCCUGCAGGCUAAAUCUGCAUUUGUGACUUUGAACAGCAGCAGAGAACCAAUAAUGUAGUCCAUGAUGUCACCAAGUCCUGAGCGCUCUCAUUUUUCACGUUCCAUUUUAUUAUUUCAUCUUUUCAUGUGACAUCAGUUUGGAUUUAUUAAAACUUACUUCAGCCUAGUUAGCUGUUUUAUGAUGCAGGAAAAACAUUUGAUUUCUUUAAAUGAGAAGUAUUUUCCCUUCUUGAUGUUAGGUAAAUCCAUUUAUAAUAGUGUUGUUGUUUUUUUUCUUUUAGUGCAUAACUACAAUAUAGCUUUAAAUUGACAAUCUGUGCCUAAUGUUCACUAUUUGUGUUAAGCAAGUUUCAUGUAUUCAGCUCUUUACACCUGCACAAUGGAUGAGUUUUCAUGGGAUUAUCACACCAGCCUUCGGCCCACACAGCAGCAGUUCCUUUGUUCAGUCUCAAGAUUUGUUUUAAAUUGUGUUACUCGAGUUUGCCUCAUUUGAAUAUAUUGCAUUGGUUUUACUCAACAGUCUGGCCUUUCCUGUUCAGCUGACCUGUUUAGAUUGUGUAUAGAAAGAUGUGUAAUGCACUUCUAUCUGACUUUGAGCGUGUAAUUGCUUUAAUGAUUAUGAAAAGGGAUGAGCAGCGAUGGGUAGCUAGUGGAUGAUGAGAUAUAGUUGUUUGAGAUGGAUGUUGUAUUGAUGACGUAAAUCAGGGAAAUACUUAUUUGUAAAUUUAUUAUAUUAGACCUUUUCGUGUUGCCGAUCAUGUGUUUGUGUGCUUGAAACACUGUACAUGCUUUGGAUUUUAAGUUUAUUAAAAAUAAAAAGUGCUUUUUGUCAUUAAGGCAUGAGAAAAUGCAACAUUUUUGCAUCA